UCUUUUUGGUUUUAACAAAAGCAAUUUUCCGAGAAAGAGUCUAAAUGUUGGAACCUGAGAGUUUGUUUACUUUGCUCUGCACUUCUGGGAGGUCUUGUUAUGGCAUUGUUGCUGGGAAUGGAUGAAAUGAAAUUGUUUGAGAAAUAAACCAUGUGCAAUGUCUAAUUAUGCAGUGUAAAUGUCUUUUGAUGUCCCUUUAUAUUCUGCUCGUUUUCCAAUUGGUUUCUACUAAGCAAACACUACUCUUCUUGUGAUCGUGGAGGAGUGGAGGUUUUCUUGCUCUCUGCUUCAACUUGACGAGUGUUGGGAAUGGAAUAAUAAUGUUUGAAGAGCAUCCAUCCAUUAAAGUUCACAAGUUUGAGGUUCUCAAACAGUUAAAUGGGGAAUUGUGUGGCUAAUAAGUCUCAAGCUAAGGAUAGUGAUUCUGAUCAUGAUGUGGAGUUUGCUGCUGGCAAUGUGAAACUUAUUACCACCAAAGAAGCUUGGGACCAAUAUUUGGAAGAAGCUAGGAGGGAUGGCAAAAUUGUGAUUGCGAAUUUCAGUGCAACAUGGUGUGGUCCUUGUAAGGUGAUUGCGCCAUAUUACUGCGAGUUAUCUGAGAAAUACACAUCCAUGAUGUUCUUGCUAGUAGAUGUGGAUGAACUAACUGAGUUCAGCACUUCAUGGGACAUCAAAGCCACACCAACUUUCUUCUUUCUUAAAGAUGGACAACAAGUUGACAAACUUGUAGGAGCCAACAAGCCAGAGCUGCAGAAGAAGAUUGUUGCCAUCAAUGAUUCACUUCCCGAAUGCAAGCAGUGACUGUUUUCUCAUUCUUCUUCUUGUGCCCUUUGUCCUUUCACAAGUCACAACCAUUGUUCGCAUGUUUUAAUUUUGCUGUGAGUGUAGUUGUAUUUUUCCUCGGAUGUAAAUAUGAAACAUGUGUGUCACAUGAAUUACUUCAAUUCAGAGUGAUGAUGUUGUUGUAGUUAGAAUAAGGCUGUUCUGCAAAUGUAACAAUUUGUUGUGUUUUGUUGUUUGAGAAAAUUCAAUUUUGUAUCA